AUGAAGGAGGAAGAUCUCAGUGUUGGGGUUCCCCAUGAGAGGAAAAAGGAGAACAAAAAGCAUGAAGACUUUCCAGAAGGCCACCAUUCACCCCAUGGUCAGACGCUGCAGGACACAGAGGCUGUAUGGAGUGCUGGGACCAAAACUAAGGAGUCGGGAGAAGAUGCAGCUGCAGAGGAAGGACCUUCUUUCAGCAAAAUAGAGCUGCGAAAAGAUAUGAAAGGAUGUUGUGACAGCAAGGCUACUGGGCUAAGCUGCGAAUUGUCUCCUCCAACAGCAAAGAGCUUCAGGAUAUACGAUGUGAGUCCUCUUUCUUCUCCUAACCUGUUGCAGAAGGAGAAGAUGUGUCCCCACAGAAGGACACGUAUGGCCCGUCUGCCCCAGCAGGGCCCUUUCCGACACCUUAUGGACAUGAAGGCAGAGAAGAGACUGGCAGGCUGGAAGGAACGCCGUAGCCGCUUUGGUGACAUCAGCACGCAUAAAUGCUAUCAGUUUGGACAGAUCUUCUCUCCUUUCCAGGCUCUGGCCACGACGGAGAUGAGAAGGCUGGUGUUACCCCGAGAUCUGCCUGUGAGUUCUCGAAUGCAGAGAAUAAGUACUUCAUCCCUCAGUGACAUGACCCUCCAGGAUUUACCCCUGUCUCCCUCAGAGCUGGGCUUGGGAAAGGAUGACAACCACCAUGAAAAAGAGAAAUCAGUAAGCCACAUUAAAACGCCUUUAUUCCCCCCAAUAGUUAAAGCAACAAAAUAUAAUGACAUGAAAUAAAAUUGCAAACUG